AGAGCCGCACUCAGGUCGUUAAAAAGCCGGGAUAUGCCCACCAUUGUCCGUAGUCAUAGUAUUGAGUAUGUCUAUACUUUUUUGUUUAAGUAUACUAUAGUUAAAAGACAGACAGUCAGAGGCGUAGCGUGGUGGGGGCAGGGGGGACAGAUGUCCCCGGGCGCCAGCUAGUUAGGGGUGCCAAAAUGUGCUUUGAUAUUAUUUUAUUGCUGAAAUCAUGGGUUUGAGAGUUGAAAAAAAGAAAAAGGGGCGCUUAAAAAUGGAUCUUGUCCCCGGGCGCGAAUCUUGUCCCCGGGCGCCAAACACCCUCGCUAGGCCACUGCAGACAGUCACUAUAAUAUAAUUUAGUCUAUUAUAGUAUUAGUAUUAGUUUACUCUAUACUACUAUACUAUAUUAUAUAAUAUUAUUUAAAUUAUAUAAUAUAUCAUCCCACUAUAAGUUUGCUGCUGCUCUUAAUCUUAGUCUUAAUAAUUUAAAUUUAACAGUUUUAAAUACAGUUUUAAGUUUGGUGGUUAAAGUUUUUUACUCGGGGCAUAGAUUUAUAUCCCCUCUUUAAAGUUAAAUAGACCUUACUUUAAGAAUUGUACACCUGACAAUUUACAUCAAAGCAUCAUUCCAUUUGAUUCCACUCACAUAUUUUGAUAUUUUAUUCCCAAACCAGGGCCAGGUCCUAUGGACAUCCCCUGAAAUGCUGUACUUUGCUCUUCAGUUUUCAGAGCUUACACAUGUUACUUCUUAAGUCUAUAGACCACUUAAAGUCUCAAAGUGGUCCAUAGGUCUGGGUUACAUUAUACGACCUUAUUAUGGUAAGUCUAGGGUAACACAGUUUACAUACUAUAUAUUAAUUAAAGUAAACUGACCCCUACAUUCCACUUGCAUAACAUUGUAUCCGAACAUUUGAACGUAUUAUUUUAUUUUACUUUAAAGUAUAGUGUGUUCAAAAAGAAAUUUGACGAAAAUUUUAAAGUGUGAACUGAAAAAAGAAUCAACCAAAUUUCCGUAGAUCAAUUUUCUGUAGAUGAAAUUUCUUUCUAUCAACUUUCCGAUAGCCACAUCACAUACCUGGUAUGCUUAACUUAACUUAAUUCCAAUUUGAAGAAGUUGGGUUUUGGUGGAUCUUCAUUGUGAAACUAGGUCUAGUCAAGAAAUCUCACCUCAGUUGGUCCAUGGGCCAAACAUUUUUUUUCUAUGUUUCUAAAUUUUAAAAAAAUAGUACAUACAAACUAUACACAAAUAGAAAGACAAAAAAACACUAAAAGUUUAUUUUUUUUAAAUUUAGAAAGUCAUCAUGUCUCUGCUGAUCAGUAAUAGCACUGCACAUUUAAAUAUUAAUUAUUAAUUAUAUGAUCUCCUGUGGAUGCACAUCUAUUAGUUUUUCCAUCUUUAUAUUGCAAAAAAAUAUUUGUAUAAUACAUAAAUAUAUAUUUUUUAUAGAAAGCAGUAUUAGGCCUACACUUAAAUCAAGGACCCAUUCCUUCUUGCCUUCAAAUUUUAACUGUAACAAGAUUUCUGAUUUAUACUUUGACCUACUUUUUUUGUGUGCUGCCCAGCAGUUAUUAAAUUUUUUGGCCUGUACUUUGCACACAACUGUCUAUGUGUAAUGAUCAUUCUACAAAACUGCAUGCUGAUUCAACAUACCCUUAGCACUUUAAAAGAGUAUUGAUGAAAAGAAGCUAUACACAUUGUUCAUUUUGCAUUGAUGCAGUUGUUGUUUGUUUGAUGUUCAAUUUCUGGAUUUUUUAAAAACUUAUUUUCCAAGUGAGUAUCUUUAUAUAUUUUCCCCUGGGCCCUCUGGGAUAUAUGAUAUAUAAUGAAAUGUUUUUGAUAGUUCUGACUUUAAUUUAAAGAAAAUAGGUCUACUUAUACUGUCUUAGCAUUUCAAAGUAAUUGAUGCAUUUCUUUUUAAGUGCAAAAAGUUCAAUAUUAGGAGAUAUGGAGUGUUAUCUAUCCACAUGCUUUUAUUACUCUGAGAGUUCAUAUUUCAUGCCUAGUGUUAAUAUUGCACCAGGAAUAAGUGCUUAUUUUCUAUUCACAAAACUUUGUCUUUAGCUUAGCCUAUAUGUGGAAUAUCCCUUUAGACUCAAGAUAUGUGCUAUUAAUAGUUUAUAAAUAUGCAAUAUCCACAGCAGACUCAAACAAUGAUCUAUUUAUAGUUUAUAUAUGGCAUAUCCUCCGCUGGCUCAGCCAAUGAUUUAUUUGUAGUUUAUAUAUUGAAUUUCCCCUUCAGGCUCAAGCAAUGAUUAUUUAUAAUUUAGUAAUGGAAUAUCCCCGUCAUGCUCACUCACGCGAUGAUGGUUUUAUAGUUAUUAUUUGUAAUAUCUCACUAAGGCUCUAGCAAUCAUUUAUUUAUAGUUUAUAUAUGGAAUAUCCCCAUCAGGCUCAAACAAUUAUCUAUUUAUAACUUUUAACCUCAGGCUUAAGCAAUGAUCUGAUCAAACUUAGUCUUGAAUUAUUGAAAUAUUAAAGAAAGUAGAGACUAGAACAAUUGUUGAUAUUGACAUGUGAUGACAUGUUAUCAAAACCAGCUUGAACCUGAAUGUGCAUUAAAAUUGAAGGUCAAAUAAAGUGAAGAAAUGCAUGAGAUGUCAUACUUUUUAUUAUUGAAAACAGCUGCGAGUCUCCAUAAUUUUCAUCAAUAUUACAGGGUACUCACUCUGUCGGGAAAAUAGGAAAUAGUUAGGAAUUCAUGAAAUAAUUUUUCUGUACCGGUAAUAUAAUUACUCAUAUGUUGAAAGGUUUAUUUUCAUUUUCUCUAAUUAUUAUGUCAGUUUAACAGUUUUAUUAUGUUAAUUUGUUUCUAUUUACAGACCCAUCUGCCGUAUCUCACUUUCUUUGUCUUUCAGAAAAUUUUGAAACUAAAUAUUUCCAAUAACUGGGAAAGGUAAUUUUUUUUUUUAAAUUGCUGGAACAGCCUAGUUUUCAAAACAGUAAACAUUGUUACCCUGGUAAUUCCAGCAACUAUGGGAGCCUUAAAAGUCAUUCUUGAUCUUUUUCAAAUCUUUUUUCUCAUCAUCUAUCAUUACAUUGUUGCUGCAUUUAAAGUCUUAGUCCCACCAAAGAGGAAGUCAAUUGAAGGUGAGAUAGCUCUAGUCACAGGUGCUGGCCAUGGUAUUGGCAGGGAGCUCGCCUUGGAACUCUCCAAACUGGGAGCCACAGUGGUGUUGUGGGAUGUCAACAAGGUUAACUAAUUUAUUAUUUUAAUUAAGUAAUUAAAUGCAACGGUGUGUACCUUCGUGUUAAUGAAUAAGUAAGUUAGGCAUAGUUGUUGUAAUUGAGGUAAAUGUGCAAUUAAAAAUCCAUCCCUGUGUCGCUACAGCCAAUGUAGGGCUUUGGCCUGCCUUACCACUUCCUUCCACUCAGACCUAGCUGAUACUUCUCUGAUUGAAAUCUCCAGCUCUGUGGUGCCUUCGCAUCCUUGGUAUCUCAUUUUAAAUUUGACUUUGAGAUGACUCAUAGAAAGUGGUCAGUUUGGGAAUGGAAACAUUAACUCUUCUUCAGUCGCCAAUAGUAGACUCUUAGCUAGAACAGCUUCAAACAUAUCUGUUUCUUGUUUGGUGGCUCUUUGUCUGAUCUGGAGUUUAGAUUGGGAAACAAUCAAUAGGCUCUCAAGCAUCGCUCUCUUGUUUUUUUCUGUUAAAGUGAGUCUGGCAUCUCUUGAUUAUUUCCCGCCAUUCUCGUCACAUCCUCUGACUUUGCCCUCCCUGGUGGCACCCUGCUCUGGUGUCGCCCUCUUCUGGUGACAACCUUUACGUGUGGCAAACUGAUCUUGUGCCAUCCUGCUCUUGUAUUUAUUUAAUUUAUAACAUGAAACCCAAAUGAGAAAACUAUAGAAAAUUUGGUGUCACUUUCACUCCCCCCCCCAACCCCCCAUUUAGGGUGUCACCUGAGUUGGUCUGCACCCAUCUAGUAAAGCAUUUUGUUUUUUUGAGUGUUAAAUUCCAGCCCUACUUGUAGGGAUGAGCAGUCUAGUUGCAUAAAAGCUUUUGUUAUGUCUUUACUACUUUUCCCUAAAAGUGGGGUGUCAUCGACAUUUGCAAGAAAAGGGGUUUGUUGUGUAGCGAGUGCCUAUUGGUUGUUUGUCUUGAGUUCCUCUAAGAAAGUAUCCUGCGAUUAUUCCUCUGGUGUGAAUGUGUUCGCAUCACAUAACUCUCUCUAAUUUUAGGUUAAAUAGCUUACAAGACAGUGAGUCUAGUAUGCUUUGGCCUUGUCUAAUCUGUUAUUCCCUUGAGUAUUCACCCCAACCCUGAUUUUGAUUUUUGUUGUUAAAUGUUAUGUAUCAGUUUUAAAAUUUCGGGUAUUCCAAAAUGUUAUGAAAUCCCCAAAAAUCCAGAACCAAAUUUAGUAUGAUUGUUCAAAUCAUGUUUACUCAAUUUAAAUCAGUGAUUGGCUAAGAAUACUUUUAAAACAAAUAACAAAUUUUCGUCAUCAUAGGAAAACAAUGAAAAAACUGCAAAGGACAUCAAGGCUGCUGGGGGAAAAGCUUUUGCAUAUACUUGUGAUAUCACAAGCUCUUCAAAAAUUGCCAGUGUGGCAAACGAAGUGAGAAGUAAUGUAGGGGAGGUCACUAUCCUGGUCAACAAUGCUGGCAUCAUCAAUUGUGGCCCUUUCUUUGAGCUGACGGAGCCGGACAUUAGAAGGACGUUUGAAGUGAAUACCCUCUCACAUUUCUGGGUGAGUUAAACAUCAGGGAAAACCUUCUUUUUUUUAUAUACUAAACUGAGUUCAUUUCUUACAGAUGAUCAAAUUUUAUUGUCAUAAUUUUCCUAUUCUCAUUAAGUAGUCAGCCUAGGAACUAGAAAAUAACUUAAAUUUUAUAAUGACACUGGAGUGUGAAGAAUUCUCUGAGGCUGCAUAGCAUAUCCCAUAAACUUGGCAGGUAAAAAUCAGUAUUGUGAUGGAGAUAAAGUACAGUACAAAACUAAGGAAGCAACUUGUUUUCUCAGUUUGUGUAAGUAGGAUUGACUGAAAUGGUAGUUCAGCUUUAAUGCAUCUUAAAACUUAAAGCCACAUUCCAAUGUGUUUUCUGUAGCAAAUGUUUCAAAGAAGAUAUAACAUCCUCCCCCUUGUUAAUUAUCCUUAUAGAAUAGAGAUCACCAACCCAGACAGGUCCCAUCUAGCUCUUCAAAGACAGCGGAGCAUGAGAAUUUUUUUUUUAUAGAAAAAUUUUUGUAAUAUUAUAGCUCAGCGUUGCCCAAAUCCCAAACUUUAAAUUUUGGUGGACAGGUCGACAACGUUCCCAUUUCACAGAGGACUGGUGCCAAAUUUAUUCAUUCUAUUGUUCUUUUAUUUUACCUUAAUAUAUGUCAUAGCCUUGUUUUUUCUGAUCUUUUAAUUGAUUGGCUUCACAUUUCUUUAAAUUUUAAUCGAGCACAUAGCAUAGACUUCUAAGAUUCCAGAUGAUGCUUAUGACGUGGGGUAUUUUUAUGCUAAGGACAAUUUGAUUUUUUAAUUCUGUUUUCAAAUAAGACUUAAACGUUUCUUAACUAAUGUUGUGCAGUCAGUGACGUAAGACCAGCGGUGGUCCGGGGCCCCCUGUUUGGGGAAUUCUGAUAUAGAUAAUACUUGAAAUGAGUUUAUUCUUUAGUUUGUAUCCAGUGUUGGCCCUGGGACAGUGAGGCCUUUGCUUUAUAAAAGCCACAAUUAAAAAAAUGAUUAAACAUUGUAGGGGGCAAACUCAUUUGAUUGGCAUCACCUAGAAAAAUCAGUAGGAUAACCUUUAUCUGUAUCAGUGGAAUUAUUUGUUGUUGUCCACUGUCUCUUAGAUGAUGAAAGAGUUUGUUACCUCCAUGAUUGCCAACAAACAUGGCCAUGUCCUAAAUGUCAUCUCCAUGGCUGCUUUCACAGGUGCCACCAUGAUGACAGACUACUGGUGAGUGUUCCCUUUCAGUGUCAGUCAUACAAUAGAAAGUUUCACUUUCACCCUCUGAAGCAAAUAUAAAGAAUGGCUUACAAGGCACAGCUGAGAUUUAUUUAGAACAAGAUGACAAACAUUAGAGAAACUAAUUUAAGUCUUUGUGGUAGACCACAUAGGAAAAAAAAAUAUUAUUUUCGUGGAGACGAGAGCGAGUAGAUUGGUUCCGCUUUCAUGUCAUUUGGUCACUGCCAUGUUUCGGUUAAGUAAACAUGGAUUAGAUGAUUGUAUCGUGAAUUAAAAGGAACAAAAUUAUUCACAUUAAAGUAUACUUUUUAAAAAUUAUUAUAUUAUUGUGUCUAUUUUAAUUAGCACUUCUCAACAAACAUGAUUUUUGGAACCAAUUAGCUCAACAAACAUGAUUUUGGAACCAAAUAGUUAGAAUUGAAAAACUAGACAGCAAACACAGACAGACUAAACAAAAUGGACCUACCCCUUAGCAUUAAGUAUUAAGCCGUCUCUAAAAAGCUAGUGGGGGAUAAUAAAUUUGGCUCUUAAUUUGAGACAAUCUGAUGAAGUUCAAGGUCAACAUAUACUCUUGUGGUAAACAGAUUUAUCAACUUUGUCAGGCUAACAUAAGGAAAACAAAGGAGAGGCAUAACUGCGAUAAUUGAACUUGAGGGUGGUGAUUAUUGGAUUUGAACAUUUUAUUUCUUCUCACAAAUAUUAUCAUUAUCAAUUAUGUUUCCUCAAAUUCUCAUUGAUUUUUUUUGUUUCUCAGUGCAUCAAAGCACGGAGCCUAUGGCUUAUUUGUAUCCCUGAGAGACGAGCUGCGACGAGACGGCCAUUCAGAGUACAUCAAGAUGACGGCCCUGUGUCCAAUGUUUGUUGAUACAGGCCUAAUCAAGAACUUCACACUGACGUUUGUAUUCAACAUCUUUGUUUUCAGAUCCUAUUUUGUCCAGAUACAAAGCCUAAUUAAAAUAAUUUAUGCUUUCUAAAACUUUACCCAAAAAUUCUCUUAGUACAACUAAAAGUACCAGUCAGAAUUUUUAAUUUUCAUAUAGUUUCUUUGUUCAACUUUGCUAAGGGAGUGUGGGGAAACACUGAAAUAGAAAAGAUGCAUUGAAAUUUAUUGGUAGUUUUAAAUAGCAUAUUGAAAAAGAAAACAUUUAUUUAACUGUAUAGGUAGUAAUGGUAAUUAUGGAUUGAAUAUUUAAAUGUUAAUUUACAAGAACAAGUUUUCCAAUAUUGUUGUACCCAGACAUGGACGUGUUUUGACUGCCAAUGAAACUGCACUAGCUGGUAUUGAUGGGAUGCUGAGAAACUAUGAACUCGUCUCUGUACCAUCUUGGAUUGUUUAUUUUGCCAGGAUAUCUCAGAGGUAGGCUAAAUGUCUAAUUAAUUUUAUUACUUAAAAAUUCAGGAGUGGGGGGAAAAAAAGUUUGUUGUAUUAGAAUAUGUCAGAUAUUUUAAAAUGUAAAUUUUCAUUUAAACCUGACUGCUUACGGCAUAAUUCCUCCUUGUAUAGUUUCACCCAGGGCCUUGUGCUUCUUUAUAAUUUUGCCUCAGGGAUUGCGUGCCAAGAUUUGGUCAGGGCUAGAGUUUAGUUUGGGAUGGUCCACAUCCAAACCACCAAAAAUAAAGAAUUAUUACAAAUGGAAUAUAUUGCUCUGUUUUUUGUUGUAUUUUCAUGUGUCUCGUUUGCUGAGGAGAAGGCUCUUAACUGAAACGUUCACAUCUUACUGUCCUGUCUUUUGAUUCAAGCUUCCACAUACCUUGUUCUGCUAUUUCAUUCAAUAUAUUUAGUGACAAUAAAUAUCUUAGAUACCCAGAUGUCCAUCUCUAUUUUUAACAUUCUAUUUAUUCUAAAUUUUAUAACAUAUUUUAUUUUUAACAUGGGGAAAUUAUAAAACAAGUAUUUAGCUAAAUGUGUGUAUAAUUUACCAUCUAAUUGUUUUCAAUAGCAUCCUCCCACGGAAUGCUGGACUGGAAUUGGCCAAAAAAUCUGGAAUCAAGGUGGAGUCCCAGUACAAGAAGCAAAGUUAGACAACUCUUGAUUACUUUAUUUGUGAAAUUUGCAAAACUAUUUUUGAUGAAUUUUUUUUUUUUUAAUUGAACUUUGCUACCUAUUCCCUUAUUUCUACUCUCAAAGUUACAAUUUUUUAUAUUUUUUUUGACUAAUUGAAGUCACUUGCAGCGUGUAUUUUUUAAAGAAAUGAUUUCCAAUUUAAAGAAUGUAUCAAAAAUAAUAAAAAUUGUAACAAUUGGAUAUGCUAAAAUUAUAUGAGCAUUUAAUAUUUUAUAUGUAGUAAGCUAAGAUUUGUGUUGCAUUUACCUAUUUAUCAUAAUCAGUAUUUUCUUGUCUAGUUACUUAAUCUGCUAAUGACAAUCACAAAUUUUACUGCUUCAAAUUGUAUGUGUGUAUAUUAUAUGCAAUUACUUUUUAACAGAAACAUUUUGCUUAUAUUUGCACUCAAAUUCCAUAGCAUACAUUUGUGAACAAGAGGUGUGUUGUUGAAGCUUCAGUGUGUUUAUAAAAUUGUAAGCUUUAUUGUUAUUGUUAACUUAUUGUUGACUGGUUACUUACAAGUUCAAAUUACCAAAUAUGGUACUAUUGUGAUGUAUAGAAAGUAUUAAUAGAAGAAUUUGGUACCAAAUUCUUAUAAAAUAUAUACAUUAACUAGGUAGUCCAAACCAAAACUUUUUUUUAGAAUUUAGACUUUUAAGGACACGUACUUGAUAGAACUUUUAAAUACAAGAAAAUUGGCUAUUUUUCAUUUUGACAAACCAUCCAUUUUUGUUGAACCAUGACUACUAAACUAAUAAUCCUAGAAGUCCCAAAUUUGGUCUACUUGCUCAAAACUUUACAUAUCUAAAGCCCAAUUUUUUUCAGGCAUCUAUAACCAACUAUUAAAAAGUUAUAAAGCUUAAAAAAGACACAAAAAAGUGUUUUUCUGACUUUUUUUUAUUUUGCGCCAUGUUGAAAGCAAAUUCAACUAAAUUUAUUCAUAAAAAAUCUUAUAAUUAACUUACAGAGACAUAUUAUACAUCAAAUUAAAGAGUUUUUUAAACUGCUCAUAAUAAUAUGAUAAUAAACUGAAUCAAAAUACAAAUUAAUAUUGAAAAGGACAUUAGAAACCAUGUACUAUAUGUAAAUUUAUAAGAAAUAUUUUGACAUAUUCCAUAGGAAAAAAGAAACAAUUUAGAUAUGAAAUUUCAUAGGAAAGUAAUAAUAAACCCAAAACAUUUUACAAAAAAAAUAUUAAAAAAUGGAUCAUUGAUGAAGUAAUCAAUUGAUGUCAACACAUAACUACAGUUUCAAAGACUUAUGCAAUCUUGUCAUUUAUUUUUCAAUAUUUAUUAUAUAUACAUUACUAAAUACUUAUUGCUCAUUAGGAAGGACGGGUGGCAUCAUUUAUUAUUACGAAAACAAUUUUUUUAAAGAUUUGACCAUGAAUUCUAGAGAUCCAAAUUUCAAUUGUUUGUGCCCUUUUAAUUAAAAAAAAAACUAAUUUCAUUUUUAAAUGCUUCUAAAAUAAGUUUAGCUGAUAGUUUUUUAUGUCCUACAUCUAUCUAAUAAAUCAUCCACAUCUUUAAUAGACUUGCACGGCCCGCCAUGUUUCCUAACUUUUAAUGAUAAUUCAGAAUUCUUAAUAAUAGAAGUAGAAGACUUUAUUCUGUCUUAAUUUUUGUUGAUUUUCAACAAACGUCUCCCAACAUUUUGCUUAACUGUUUCUUCAAAAUCAAUACUUUCUUUUUUCAAAUUAUGUGCACGUUUUCUAGCAAAUUGAAACAGCAUUUGCUUAGAGGUUGCAGACUUUUUGUUAAUAAAUGACAAUGUUUUGUUCCGUUUGACGUGUAAGGAUGUUCUAUUGAACAUGGAACAAUUUCUUCUUCUAUUUAAAUCAAAAUCAUAAUCUCCAAAAGCACUCCCGCCAAUUAGGUUUAUGAGAGGACAGUGCUUAAGAGAUUCUGACACAUCUUCAUCAAAAAAAGAAAAUGUACCCCCAUUUUAAAAAUCUGAUAGUUGCCAGGUACAUACCAUCUUGGUUUCUCCUGCCAUGGUAGAGAUUAUUUUUAACAGAAGUUGUUUAUCAGUGUUGUUAUUUUUCAAUAAACUUUAUCACAGAAUGAAGAGCACUGGAGUCAAUGGACCAUUCAGUACCAAAAACUGAUAAAGAGAUGUUCUCCAAAAUUUUACCAGGCUCAUCAAGCGAGAUUUGGAAACAUUUAGCCAUGGACUUUACAUAGUAGUGAAAUUCAGAAUAAGUACAUUUUUCAUUGGUGACAAUGUUCCAAUAAGGUUAAAAAACUUGAACAAAAAAGAGCGCCACAGCUCGAACAAAGGUCAUCCAUAAGUCAUCUUCUACAUCCAGCGCCACACUCUGAAUUUUCGAGUUUCUAUCAGAACCUGUAUGCCGGAUGAAAAAAAUAACUUCAUUUUGUCUCUGUGAAAUAUAAUGGCUAAAGCAGCUUUGAACCGGUUAUUUUUGAAGCAGGGAAUAGAUGAAGCAUUACAAAAAACAAGCCAUUCUGCUCUACAUCCAUUUUUUUGGUCCCCUCUUGGGCCAAGAAUGUCACAGCACAUUCUGAUAACUCUCUUUGUGGCACUUUCAGAAUCUUUUGAGUACCGGUAUUUUCUUAAGUGGGCAUUUUCAUCUCUACCCAAACUUCUACCAGUCGAUUAUCUUAUAUCUUUCUCGGCUAAUAGCUCUUCCUCUUCAAUAGCAAUGCCCUAAUAAAAAAGUGGAUUGCAAAAGAGAAAGUGUAAUUUUAUGUCAGAACUACAGAUCACCAUAACUUUCUGAAAGUCUGUGCGCUAAUUGUGAUGUCUAAUAAAGUAUUGGCAUUUUUUGAUGGCACUGGCUGAAAGGCCAAAUACAGAAUAUCACCAUUGUCUAGAGUGAUUUGGUGGUUAAUACUUUUAUGUUGGUCUCUAGAUGUGCCAUCACAGUGCAUUUAUUUCACUGAAUUUACCAGUAUGGCAUGCUUUUCAACUUUUGAGGCGCUAACAGUUGCUCCAGAUUUUUUUUUUUUUUUCAUGAAGCAACUUUGAUGGUUGAGUCAAAAAGCUAUUACUAUUACCACAUUAAGAUACCCUUAACUUAAUGCAACCAGUGAAGUAUCCCCUUGAAACCCAUGCACAGUAGCAUCGCGAACCCCUCUGAAACAUAGGAGCCAGAAUGAUCAAUUCAUUGAUCGUGGGCCCUAAAAAUAAAAAAGAAGAAGAAGAUUUUUAUCACCAGUAUGAAAGCAAGGGAAUAUUUAUUGCACCGGUGAUGUUCAUUAGCACUAAGUCAUGCCUCUCAAGACGGAUUACAAAAGCAUUGGACUGUGAUGAAGCUACUGAGUAGAUUAAUGAGAAAUACAAAUAUUUUGUAAAUUAAACAACAGAUGUCAAGCUUUAAUUAUGCUUAGACAAAAUCCAAAUUCAAAAGGUUUCAGCACAUUCAAUGCAACAAAAUACAUUAACAUAAUUAUUUAAAUUAAAUUUUUGCAUAAUAUAUGUAUAUCAUACUAACAAAAAAAACAAUUAAAAAGAUCAGGAGUUUAAGCAAUAUAAGAUAAAUUUAUCUUAAAUCUCAAGACUCAAAUGUGAAAACAUGAUUUUUAGAAACAUGGCAAAAUGGCUGAAUUCUGAUAAAAUUUAGUUCAUUUUUUCUUUCCCAAUCAUAAUAAUUGUUAUGUUAUACCUAUAAAAAAAAAGGUACAUUUUAUUUGUGCUUUUUACUAAAUAGUAGCAGUUUAUACAAAUUUCUUGCAUCAGGCCCUAAGCAUGGUCAAAGGGACCAAUUACUGAUGAUUUACCAUUUGUAUUUAACAAUGUAUUCUAGGGGAAAUACAUUUUCAAUCCAAGCAUUUUUCCAUAUGUGUAAAUUUACUAUGAUAAAAUUGCAGCGACUGUGAAUGUGCCCAAUCCAAUAUUUCUGGAGUUACAGGCCUAUUGUGUAAAAAUUGGAUUAUUGCAUGUUACAGGACAAAUAGAUAGAUAUUCAAAAGAGUAACCUGAUCUCUUCAUCCCUGUAUAUGUUCGAUCAUAACACAUGCUUUGAAAACCCUUAUUACUAGCUUAUUUGUUUGCUACUGCAGGCCUCAAACUUAUUAUUACUUAUAAAUUUAAAAAAAAAAAAGAACUGUGAUAGAUCAACAUUGAGUGAGGAGAAAAGAGCAUGAUGAAAUAAGCAUCAGUUAUGACUUGGUAAUUGGUUUAUAUUAUAGUUCACUAACUAUGCAGACACAAGUAUGCACCCAUAAUUUUUCUUGUUAUCAACUGUUAUCUGAAUGAGACUAUAGACUAGAUAACUCUUCAGUGUUAUCAGUUCAAAAUAUGUAACAUGUUGAAUAAGUGAUAAAAAAAUAUUUGUAUUACAUUUUUUUACUAUAUAAUUUUAAAAAUUAAUACUUUUAAAUUUAUAUUUAUCAUAGAAAUUUAUGUGAUUAUUAUAUACUACUCAUAAGACUGCCAAUAUAUUUUAUUCUUUCUUUUUAUUUGAGUAAAUCUUGCUCUCACUCUCAUUUACCUAUAUAUUAUGUUUAAUUACCAGCCUUCUGGUCGUGGCCAUAGCUGUUAAAAUAGUCUUUGCCCUGUGAGAAAUGUAUAAAUUUAUCAGGUGUACCUGCCAUUGACAAUGCCUGGACAAAAUUGGAAAUUUGUAAGAAAUGGCUACAAACAAAAAUGAUAAAUUCAUUUCAAAAUUUAACAAAAUUGUUUCUUACAAGGGUGUAUUUUUUUAUGGUAGAGUGUUUUUUUUUUAAUGGCAAGUUAACCAUACCGAAAUCUUGUAGAUUAUAAUAUAUGCAUUACUGAAAUGUAUUUUCAUGGCUCAAAUAAAUCGCUACUAUUUUUAAGA